CAAGCAAAAAUUUCAAUUAGUAUUAAGUGAUCGUCAAGUAAUCUUUAUUUAUUCCAAUGUCCAGUUAGAUUUUUAAAUUUCCACUAAAUAAUGUUAUCAAAUCUAAACGACGAUUGUCUAUUACAUAUAUUUCAACUUUUAUCACUCCAAGAUCAACUACAACUAACAACAAUCUGUGAACGUUUUGAAUUUUUGAUGGUAAAAUAUAUUUGGUCUAAACAAUACCAUGAUCUGCACAAUCAAAUGAGAUGUUUACAACCACUCGAUCUGCAGCAAUAUAAACAAUUCUUUCGCCUAAAUCAAGAAAAUAUACGAAAAUUACAAAUAGAUGUUAGCAAUAAUUUUGCCUAUGUCUAUAAUUCGAAUCGUUUGAAUAAUCGUCCAGAUUAUACGUUUUAUUUUAAACUAACAAUGUCAAAUAUAAAAAUAUUACGUAUAAAAUGUCCAGCACCAUCUAUACACGAUGUUUAUAUUGAAAUGUUAAGUAAAAAUUGUCCAAAAUUAGAAAUAUUGGAUUUGGGUAAAUCUAGAGUAUCUGGAGCUUAUGUUGAGGAUAUACGAUCUUUACAACUAAUAACUAUUGGUAAUAAACAUAUACAAUUACCGUUUAGUUUGCACAAAUAUGAAAACUUUUUACUGGACUAGUUUGUCCUGUAAAGAUUCUACAGAGAGAGAGAGAGAGCGAGCAGCUGUUAACAUUCCCAAGGAUUUGUCUUGAUAUACAUAUAGAAGUAAAUACGUGGUUAUUUGCCUUAUUGGGUAAAUACAGAGAGGUGGUUAUGAAAAUAGGUUUGAACAUAUUUUUAAUUUGUUACAAAAAGUUGUAAAAUGUGAUAUUGUUAAAUUGUUAAUGAAAAUUCAAUAAAAUUAUGUUUUGUUUAACAUAAA